AUGAAGCGGCCGCCGAAGCCGAGCAGACAUGCCCGUCAUGGACCGCGUCUCAUCCAGAUCAUAGCGGGCGCGAGCUGCACCCAGAUCCAGUCCACUGACUCCAGCCGACGCGCGAUGUUGCUGCAGUAUCGCGGCUGUCAAGCCGCCCCCACCUGCAAUCCCAAUGUGUGGACGGCUCGAGCUGCUGCUCCCGGUCACGCUACUGCUGCCGUGAUUCGAGUCCUGGUUCACGCGCAUUGGACCUCCGCGGUUACUGGACAAGGAGCUGCCGUCAUCGUCGUUGCGGAUAAAAGCUUUGGGUCGGGCUGA